UUCUCUUCUCAACUAAUCUUCUUCUCCAAUUCUCUCUCUCUCCUCUCCCUGGGAGUCAAAAAAAGAAAAAAAAGAGAGAUCCGCUGGAAAGAGAGAAGAGGAAAAUGGAAAACAACAUUCCCUUAGCGAGCAAGAAAAUAUGGAACAUAGUGAGGAUGGUGUUGUUCAUGCUAAGGAGGGGAACAUCCAAGAAGAAGCUCAUGGUGGAUCUCAACAUGAUGCUAAAGCGUGGCAAGAUUGCCGGGAAAGCCAUCGGGAACCUGAUGUUCCACCACCACCACCACCACCACCACCACAGCAGCGGUGUCCGCUCAGCCACCUCCUCCUCUGCCAUCCGCCCCAUUGGUCAGCUCGAGUACGAGUUCAGCUGCAGCAACAGCCCCGCCAACGCCCACCACCUUAAUAGCCUCCACCAUCUCUUCUCUUCUUUCCACCUAGGCAAGCCCCGGAAGGCCGGUGGAAGCCUCAACAACUUCUUCGGGUGCGCCCACCCUCCCCCGACCCUCGAUGACGACCCCAAUCCGCUUCAGCUGGAGCGGGCGGUUAUUGAGUUCUUGAACAGUCACCAGCCGGAUAUGACGCCGGCGGUCGAAGCAUCCCCGAUGCUCCCAGGAUUCGGGCGCACCCCGCUCGUCAGGCAGCUGAGGAUAACCGACUCGCCGUUCCCCUUGAAGAAUGAGGACGACGGCGACGAUGGCAUUGUUGAUAAAGCUGCGGAGGAGUUCAUUGAGAGGUUUUACAAAGAGUUGAGACGGCAAUGAGCAGAGAGUGUUGGAUUGACAAAUAAGGAGCAUAAGGUUGCAAAUAGUUUCCUUUUUUUUUUUUUUUUUUUUUUUUUCCUUCUGUAGGUUAAGGUUUGUGGGCUCUUGAUUAUAAAUCAUGGUCACUUGUAGUUUCUUUUGAUUAAUGUUGUUAAUUAGAAUAAUCCCUUCAUGUCAAUUCCCAGCAAGCUGGUUUGUACCAAAUGAGAGAGUGCAUAUUGUAGGGAUAUUUGAAUUUUGAAGCAGUACAGCUUUUAAUUU